GUGGAGUGACGCUGUUGGAAGGAGAAUUUCGAGGUCCACAAGUCAUAGAAAGGCCCACAAACUGGGAUUUAGCACUUGCAAGGCCAAAGAAAAGCCACUAUUAGCUCCACUGCAAAAGAAAAAUCGGCAUUAAAAAUACAACUUUGUCAGUCUAGAGUCAGCCCCAAUCGGCAUAGAGAAAUAUCGUCAUGGCUCAGUAUAUUCCUUUGCCAAUCAAAAUGAUAAAUGCCAAUUAUAAUUAUUAGCACCAUCAGAAAAAUCAUACGACGUGACCCCUCCUUCAUUGCAUAAGAUAAGAACAAUCCGUAUGCUGUGUAUUUGUUAAAAACAAUCCUAAUACUAUUAUUUUAAUCUUAUCUGCCUUUCAUAAUACGAGUUGCUAACGACCGACUGCAUAUAAAGGAUACUGGGUAAACGGAAAUAAGCCAUAUUAUUAUUAAACGAACAAACAACAAGCACGAAUUGUCAAUACACAGUCAGCGUUCAGUUUGAAAAUGGCACCAAAGAUCGAAAAACUGACGGAGUCUUUGAAGCUGGGCGAAGGACCCUUUUGGGACCAGAAGAAAAAGUGCCUGUAUUUUUGCGGUAUGGUGGAGGAGAAUAUACAUAAGUAUGAUCCCAGGACGAAAAAGCAUACGAAAGCUUAUGUCGGAGGUGGUAACGUUUCCAUGGUGAUACCAGUAAAGGGCAAAGAGAACAAAUUCGUAGUAAGUUUGGAUCGCUCCGUUUGCACUGCCACAUGGGAUGGUGAAAGUGAUAAAGUAACAGAUAUCAAGAAGAUUGUAGAAGUUGAGCCAGGAACUUCUCAUGUUUUCAAUGAUGGGAAGUGCGAUCAUACUGGAAGACUUUGGAUAGGUACAAUGGGAAAGAAAGCUACGGACCUGAACAUUCCUGAGAAACAAGGCACACUGUACAGCAUCGAAAAGAAAACAGUGAAAAGCCAUAGGAGGGAGAUAGGUAUAGCCAAUGGGUUGGCCUUUGACCCCAAGCGGAACAAGAUGUACUACAUUGAUUCAUUUGCCGGUACUGUUGAUCAGUAUGACAUCGACUUUACAACUGGAACGCUGUCCAACCUUCAACCUAUUUGCAACCGUAGCACCCAUGGUUUGGAUCAUUGUCUUUUUGAUGGAAUGACUAUCGACUCUAAUGGCAACCUUUGGGUAGCAGUCUUCAACGGAUCCCGAGUUAUCCAGAUUGAUCCUAGAGUACCGGAUAAGCUGCUACAGACCAUCGAGAUGCCCGUUCCACAUGUGACAUCUGUCGCAUUUGGAGGUGACAAUUUCGAUGAGUUAUAUGUGACCACCGCCAGAUUCAGCCCAACUCCAGGACCAUUGGAAGGUUGUACCUUCAGAGUUACUGGAAUCAACGCUAAAGGACUUCCACCAGACGAAUUUGUUGAAUAGACACGAUUAAUGCUUUGUGUAUCAAAAUUAUAAAAAAGCAAUAUACUAUUGUUGAACAAAGGCUGUUGAGUAAAGA